AUGACUUUGGACGUUCCUAAACCACUCUUCCUGGUGCUGUCUGCAGCUUUGCAGGCCAUCGCGCUCUUUUCGCACGGUGGCUUGACGAGCAUUUUCGUAGUAUUUCUGGUGCUGAACGUCUUCGCACACACCAUCUAUGUUGUUUUCAUAUAUCUGAAUUUUGUCAGCCCUAUUCGACACUUUCCUACUCCAAAGGUACGCCACGGACCGCCUGAUGAUGCUUUUGCGCCGCGAACUAAAGUAUUACAAACAUAUGGAGCCCUUCCACUUCUUGGUCACUUUCUUACUGGACUGGAAGCUAACCGAGGCGAAGAACUUUUGAGGUGCAGCUUAGAAACUCCAAACGAUGGCCUCAUUCGUCUCAGAGGUCUAUUCAACUCGGACCAGCUCUUAAUAACUAGCCACAAGGCACAGGCUGAAGUUUUGGUCACUAAGCCUUAUGAGUUCCCAAAGCCGGAGAGAAGCAGAGAAUUUCUGCGCACUGGUCUCGGUGAUGGGAUGGUUGUCGCUGAAUGCGAGUACCACAAGCACCAGCGAAAGCAUGCCAUGCCAAGUUUCAGUUUCUGGCAGAUAAAAGACCUCUAUCCCCUAUCCUGGAAUAAGGCCAUGAAGAUGGCAAAAGUGAUUGACGAUGAAGUCUUCAGUCAACGGGAAUCUUCAGCAAAUGCUGAAGGCAAGCUAGUUGGGCUCACGGACAUUGAUCGAUGGGCACCGAAAGCUACCCUGGACAUUAUAGGUGUUGCGGGCUUGGGUCGAGAUUUCAAUACACUAGAGAACUCUGACGACCCAAUCGCCAAGCUCUACGCGGAUUUAUUUAUGCCUUCUUUAGGAACACGCAUGGAGUUUCGUACGAGAAAAAAGGAGUGCAUAAAGCGAGUAGAGGAUGCAUCGGUCGAUACCCUGGCGGCACUGAUCAAGAUAGACGUUUUCUCUGACAAUGAACUUGUUGAUCAGCUUCUGACAAUCCUUGUUGCCGGCCAUGAAACCACCUCAUCGUCCUUUACGUGGAUCACUUACCUUCUCAGCCUUCAUCCAGACAUUCAAUCGCGCGUCCGUGCAGAAAUACAUGCUGCAUUACCAAGUGGCUUUGCCCCUGGCAGAAGUCCCGAUUCCGACAUUGCUGCGAUUUUCGAAUCUCUGCCUCUUCUGAGUGGCGUUUGCCUUGAGACGCUCCGCCUAUUCCCACCCGUUCCGUCCACUUUGCGUCAAAGUACAAAAGACAAUACGCUGCUAGGCCAUCCCAUCGCUGCAGGUACCGUGCUUACAUUGGCGCCCUGGGUGAGCAACAACUCUCCUGCGCUUUGGGGUCCUGACGUCCAUGAAAUCAAACCAGACAGGGGGAUAGAUUGUGAAACCGGAAAACCAAAUCAGACCGGUGGUGUGUCGACAAAUUACGCUUUCAUGACAUUUCUUCACGGGCCCCGCAGUUGCAUUGGCCAGCAAUUUGCAAAGGCCGAGUUGAGGGCGCUGGUGGCUGCUUUUGUCGGCAUGUUUGAAUGGACACUGGCUGAUCAAAAUAAGAAAAUAGAGCCUGCGAUAGUGAUCACUGUGAAGCCAAAGGACGGUUUGAAUCUGAGACUAACCAAGAUUAGAGACGGGUGA